AGUUGUUUACUUCCGUAUGUCAACAAAGUGGUGAAUACGGAAAUUGAGCAACCAAAAAAGUAUACAUUAGCUGGCUCUGAUUGCAUGCAGCAGCUGGUAAAUUGUUUGUAUUUAACAAUUUUUCAAAGCUCGGUCAUAAAAUGCCCAAAAGAAAUAAUCCGUUUGGUGACCAUACCAGCCUCCAACUUAAAACGCAUGUUCGAGAGAAAGAGGUAGAUCGUGGAGUAGGUCAACAAAUACGAAUGCAGUCAGUGUAUGGUAAGUUCUUCGUCAAAUAGGUGGAAUAAGAAAACACUGAAUUGGCGUUAAAAUUAAAAUCACUUAAUCCCCCCCCCCCACAUAUUUAAAUGCAGGCUACAAGUUUGUAAGACAUCUUAUCUAAUAUUCUUUAAAAAAAAUUAAUUCACUUUGUCUUUGCUUAAAACUUUUAGUGAAAAUUAGUACGUGGAGUAGGUCAACAAAUACGAAUGCAGUCAGUGUAUGGUAAGUUCUUCGUCAAAUAGGUGGAAUAAGAAAACCCUGAAUUGGCGUUAAAAUUAAAAUCACUUAAUCCCCCCCCCCCCACAUAUUUAAAUGCAGGCUACAAGUUUGUAAGACAUCUUAUCUAAUAUUCUUUAAAAAAAAUUAAUUCACUUUGUCUUUGCUUAAAACUUUUAGUGAAAAUUAGUGUUGAGAUUAGCUUGUGACUAGUGGCUACUGCCUGGGCUUCUACUUCUAGUUCUACUGAGUCCACGUGUGUGGCUGCAGUUACACGCUGCAGUAAGAAAACUUUAAAAACAAAAAAAUAAUUGCAAAAUAAAAAAAUAAUGAAAACUAACUUACAGUUUCAUAGAAUACACUUUUAGUGACUUUUACACUCUUAAUUUCAGGUUCCACCGAGAAGAAUAUCCAGAAAAUGAAUAAAAUACAAUGCCUUCCAUGCAUCCAAUUUGUUUCAAAUAUGACAGAACAAUUAAAAUAUUAUAAUUACCCAACCAAUGAAAUUUUAAAAUUAUUAUUAAUUAACUAGUAAAAAUUAAAUUAAAACAUGCCAUCGACAUGGUAAGGAAAAUUUAACUCUUUCUCUCCGGAAUUAUUUUCCGGGUUCUGACGGAAUUAUCUAUUUUGCGUUUUUGUAAUGCACUACUAUGUUGUCAAAUGUUGUCUCUAAACCUUCAUAACUUUUUUGUUUUUCAUCAGAAAGUGCUAAGUUUGGUAUGGAAUUAAAGGAGAAUGUAUGCGCUUUACAAGCAAACCAGAUUUGGGUUUACAUUUUAAUGUAUAAAUGUGAUUAUCAUUUCAGAAAAAUAAAAAUUUAAACAAAAAACUUACCAACUGUUCACGAAACGCUAAUUCCAAGUCACACGAGUAGAAAUACAUAAUCCAAAGUGUAACAAUAUCUAUAUGUCCAUCACAAAUAAUAAAGAUCAACUUAAAAAAAGAAAAAAAAUAAACCUCAGAGCACAUUAUCCAUUGUCACCGUCACAAAAAAUUUUUGAAAAAAAUUUAACCAUUUCCACUGGAAACAAUUUGUUGCUAUUAUAAAAUAUUUGCACUGUAUUCUUGUAUGUGCUAACAUUUAUAAUGGUAAAAGGAACAUUUACCGGGUACCAUACAUUUGUCAUAUCUUUUCAUCUGUGUUUAGCUAUGGUAAGCCUAAAAACAAUUCAUAUUGAUGUGCACUUUAGCUGGGGGGGGGGGGCGUCUGGUUGUUCAUCAGCUGAUGAAUUAGCAAUUUCAUUAUUUCGUCACUAGCACUACUAAUACUAGUACUAGGAUUAUAAUAAUCGUACUAUUCAAAGGAAUCAGCUUCUGCAUUUGAAAUAGUAAAAUCACUGUCUGAAUCAUCAUCAGAGUAAUAUUUUCAACCUUUAUUAGAUCGAUCACCAGAUGGGUUAGUUCAGAAUUUCAUGUUUGUAAACAAAAAUAAAAUGGACAAUGAAAACAACCGCUUCAAACACUUUGUUCUCUGCAAAACCUCUUUCAAACACCCAAAAACCGGAUAUUGAUACAAAGGGAAAUCAUUCUGGAAUUGAUUGUAAAUAACUUAAAGCCAAUAGUUAAGAAAGAGCCGAAAUAAACAGGUUUUUAUCGUCGAUACGCCAAAAUCUUCAUUUCAAAUCGGCGAUGGGAGCGUUGUUCUGGAGAGAAAGAGUUAACAAAAAAGUAAGGGGAAUGAAUCCAAAACAGAACCUUAACAAAAACAUAUAAAUGAUGUCAUGGUGACUAGGGGUGUGCCGGAAUCCGGUUCCGCCGGAUUUUGCACUAUCCGGUCAAAUCCGGUCAAAUCCGGUUCCGCCGGAUUUUCAUGUAUCCGGAACAACCGGAUUCCGGUAUCCGGAAUAUACCGGAUUUCGGAAUUUGCCAGAUUUUGUGACUCACCGGAUCAUAAUCUGAAAUAAAAGUAAUUCUCUUUCCCUAAUUCCACACGAUCACGAUACAUUAAUGGAUUGUUUCGAGCGUUGAGCUUGUUUAAUGUUUAAUAUUCCGUACAUACCAGAGGCUAGAGUCAGCACCGCUAAUAGUGGCCAAUAGUGUAGGGACUUUGAUAAGAAAAUUUAAACUUUUUGUAAAAAUAAACCAAUGGCAUAGUUGAAAAGAUGUAAUUUUUUAAAGAAUUAUAACACCAAAAUCAUAUUUUUAGCUGUUGUAGUUUUAAAGUUAUGAAUUUUUAAAGUACGACUUGGUUUGUCAUUUUUUAACAUGGACUGCAUCUCCACAUUCUGUGAUCUCAUUCCGCCAAUCCCGUCAUGCGCAAUGACUAUAUAGUUUAUAUAAGGCAACGCAUUCCCUGCCUUAUCACUAAAAUACUGUUUAGACUUAGUUUAAACUUUCAACUUUGGCACAUGAAUAAUUAAUUAAAGCUUUCCCUGACCAAUGGUUUAAUAGUUUUUGCACACGGCAAACUCUUAUGAAUGAAACUCUGAGGUAGUACUACGAUACAGUUAUGCAAGUGGCUGUGAAUGGUUGCCAAUGACAACGUGUUGCACACGGUAAAUUCUGAUCAUUUAUAAUAUGGAUUCUACCGGGUUGUUAAAGCUCAAAUUAAAACAUUCCAGUUUAAAUGUCUUUAAAUGCAUUCUGAAACACAAGUUAUCAAUUAUUUUGAUGUAAAUAGUGAUAAUAUAUUAAUAUUUCCUAAGUAUCGUCAACUUCCGCCAUUAAAAAGGGGGGCGUGGCCAACCCCAUGGCGAAAUUAGGUUGAGCGAGCUGCAUGACCUUCUGCGAACGCGUAGAAACAUGGCGUCUCUCGUAAGACACUUAUCCAAAUGGAACGGAACUCAAAUAUAUAUCGAAAGUACUAAUUUAAUAAUAAAUAGACACACACAUCGGAAAAUUAAAAACUCUGAUUUUUUGGCGCCGAUUGCGAAUUCCCAUACACAAAAAGUAGUAGUCCACCUUGACUUACCGAAGUAUCUACCAAUAGUACCGGAAUCCGGAUCCGGCGGAUUUCGCAUAAGAAAAUCCGGAUCCAGUUGGAAAAAACGGAUCCGGCACACCCCUAAUGGUGACAUCUCUUUGCAUUAGCCUAAAUCUUUAUUAAACUAAAGCAAAUUUUUGUUAAUAUAUCAUUAAAUAUUAUAAUAUUAUUAAAUUAUUAUUUACAAGAGAACAGAAAAGCAUUCAGUGUUUAAAAAAAUUAGGCAAAAAUGCAGUUAGCGGCAGGGCCGCAUGUCUUCGACAGAUUAUAUAGGCCAUGGAGGUUCCCCAGGUCAACUACUGUUCCAUUUCUCAAAUAUUUUAAAAUUUAGCUCUGUAUUUAUUUGAUAUAUUAUUUUUUCUCAUUUUUUAAACAUUUUUUUCUUAAAAGAUGGGAUAGGGGGAAGAGUUUGAGAGACAAAAGGACUAGCUAGAAUUAGUAACCUUGUCCUUGGUAAAAGUUCAAGCACAAGGACUGAAUUGUUUCAAAUAUCAGACACAUGCUAAAUAAUAUGAAUUUUUUAUUAUAAUAUGAGGUCACAUUUAGGAGCAUGCUAAUAACGUCACAUUGGGAAAGGCGUUUUUUUACUACAAGUGAAAUAUGUGCAUAGAAUUCGUUCAUAUUUUUUCUAAACGAUAUUCCGGCCCCCAACAGUGUCUAAAACACUAUCCAGCCCAUUUUUAAAGACCACUGGUUUACUCUGUGCCCUGUGAGUUUACCACAAUUAGGAAGCGUCUCAGUCUAGUUUAUUUCUAAGUUUUGUUUGUAAAUUUUAUUGCUCAGUUCCAUGUACCCUAGGUCAACCAUUAUUUAACUAGUAGGGCCUUGGGGCUAUCCACAAUAAAAUAAUGAGCUUUACUUGCAGGCCUAUAAUAGGAAAAUAUAAUACAUUUGCAUACAUAGUGCUAGUUAGGGUUUGUGUGUUUUGGCUAUAAUUUUAUUAAUAGAAGUGGUUUACUAAAUCAUAUUUAUUAUUAGUUAUUGCAGUUGCUUUUUAUGUGAGAGAUUUGCUUGCCUUUUUAGAAACAAAAUUAAUUUUGGUUGGUUGCUUGGUCAACUACACCAAAAUAGAAUUAAAAAGCAAACGUCACACGUUUUAUUUGUAAUAUUUUAUUGAUUUUUAUGUAUUAAUAUAUUUCAAAUCAGUCUAAUUCUAAGUUAUCAUGUUUAAGGAUAAUCAGAUUGAUGAUUAUCGGGUUUGAGACCAGAUUGUUUAUAUUCAUAUAUUAAUAUUUAAAUUAUUUUAUUGUAUUAAAUUAUUUGUAGAGAAAUUGUUUUAAUAUUACUUAUUGUGUUAAGCAAACAGAAUAGCUUGUACAAACUGCAUCACUGGGUUGGGAUCAGCUUUCAAAAAAGGUCAUAAAAAAAAAAAAAUUACUGUUUGUGUUGAAAUUUGAAGUCGCUUUGAUUUUGCAGGUGUUUAUUCUGCUUUAGAUAUCAUUUAACAAGUUGGCUUAUGCAUUAUCAACCUGACACUGGUGAGCAUUUAAUAAUAAUGGUUACUGCUAAUAGAUCAUGUGGUUCAGCCUUGAAGCCGGAUCAGUAUAAAAUACAAUUUUAUUGAAAUCAAAAUAAGUUUACAAAUGUAGCUGGGCAUUUUAAGAAAAAAUUGGGAAUUGAAACAACUUUAAGAAAUCUGGGAAUGGGAACAACUUUUAAGAAAUCUGGUGUCUUAGAAUGGGAACAACUUUAAAGUGAUCAGGUGUCUGGGAAUAGGAGCAACGUUUAAGAAAUCUGGGAAUGGGAACAACUUUGAACAAAUCAGAUUCUGGGAAUGGGAACAGGUUUGAAAAAAAUGUUAACCAGGACUUUAUGUGGCUGGGCAUUUUAAGAAAUCUGGGAAUGGGAACAACUUUUAAGAAAUCAGGUGUCUGGAAAUGGGAACAGAUUUGAAAAAAAAUGUUAACAAGGACUGUUGCAAACUCUGCCUGUAAUAAAUAAGUCUCAGCGGUAGCAAUGCUUACUGGAAUACAUGUGCAUUUACAAACAGAAAAAAAUCCUGGAAUAGAGGCUUUUCAAAUGUGCAGCCAAUAAAAACUGUUUAAGACAAACGAAAGAGUGUCUUUAUUUAUAUUUCAUAAAAUAAUCAAAUAUGAUAUAACAAUAGCAUAGGUCAGUGUAUGUGUGACUGAGAGAUAAUUGUUAUUGUGUCUUUGAUAGUGACUGUGUUCUAGCAUGUCAAACACAUAUGUUAUUCAGCACAUAUGCUUUGCGGUCAUCAAUUAACUACAUUGAGUGGGGAGUGAGUGAGAAUGCAUUGUAAAAAAUUUUAACUGGUUUAAAACAAGGUUCCUAAAACCAGUGUGCUAAAAUGACUAUUCACCCCCCUACUCUAAAUCACUCUUGCUUGUUAUUAUUUGUUUUUAAAGGGAAAUAAUUCUGCUUUGCUUCAUUUCCACCAGGCUAGUGCCAUCAUUUUCUACUAUUAUGUAAUAAGAUAAAAAGUGGCCUGUUUUUUCACUGUUCUUUAUUUUAUGAAAAAAGUUGAGUUUAAAGAAUGUCCCUCAUUUUGACCUAAGAGUAGGAACAUUUUUUUAAAAAAAUAGUAGCUGCCAACAGUUAUUUUAUAAUAAUUUAUUUCUAUGUGCAUUUGCAGAGAAGACCCAAGCCUUAUUGUUCAAUGGCAUGAGGCAUAUGCAUGAAGCCAGUGCAGUUUCCCUAGAUUCAAAUGACAAUGAGAUGUUGUACGCUGAUGAAAUAAUUAAGUCAGACAAUUCAGUGUUCAAGCAGUUGCAUUUGAACAAAAAUUGUGAGUUGAUCGGUUUGGGAGAAGAUUCUACAGACAUGGAGACGGACUCUAAAAGCUGUCCUGAGCCAUUUUCUUUUCCCCGCUCCACUUCCAAAGACUCUGAAGCUGAAAAGAAUAUGAUCAGUGAACCUGAUUGUCAUAGAUUGUCAGCUCCUUCAUUUGAAAAUGGAUUUGGAAGAACCCCUUGUGAAUUUAGCCCUCCCAGUUCUUUUCCACCGACCACUGAGUCAAUUUAUGAGGCAGGGCCUUCAUCAGCUUCUAAUAGUGUUUGCAAUGCCUUUGUGCACAUGAGACAUGCCCAGAGUAAAAAGUCAUCAGUUGAUAAAUCAUUUUACUCUUCUAGAGGUGAGAACAUUAUUUUCCUCCCCAUAUUAGGAUGAAAAAUGAAUAAUUAAUAUUUUUGGUCGGGGGGAUGUUCUCACUGCCUGCUGGUCUAAAACAAAAUGUUUCAUUGUUAAAUGUGUACUGCUAAUUCAGUAAUGGCUAACAUUGUGUAUUUAUUUUCAAAGCUUGCUUUUUGUUGAUGUUCAUUAAAGCCAGUAACAGCAUUCUGAAGUUGUCAGUGAUUUUUUUAUUUGAAACAGAAAAGUUGUCUAUUUUUAUCACUUUGAAAAUAGAAUCUGUUCUAUUCUUAUACACUAAUUUUUCAAUGUUGAAACAAAAAAAAAAUCAUUGACUACUAAAUAUUACAAUUCUAGUAUGCGUCAGUGUACUAUCCCUCCAUAGUAAACCAGUUGGUGUACAUUUUGGUUAUCUCUUUAAAAUUUGAAGGCUUGGAUCUUAAUCAUUCUGGAUAAAGCUUUAUGUAUGAAAUCCUAGUCUUCGUGGAGAAAAUUUUAGGUGACAUCAUCUUUCCUAUUAGGGAGCAUCAUUUGCAUAAAACUAGCUUGGCUAUUAUCUUAUAAUGCUUAAUAUUAGCUGAUGUGUGCAAAAUUGAAUGAUAUCUGCCCCACUUAAUGUUUUAAGAAAACACAAGUCAUUUAGUUAUACUCUUCUUAAUACUGUACUCUUUGUGUUUUAGUUUCAAUUCAGCAGCAGUUUGAAAUCAGGUACAAUUUUUAUGUUUCAGCUUGUCACAACUGUCGCCAGCCUGUGCAAUCCAGGGAUGUCAUGAAAUGCCAGUUCUGUGAGAACUAUGUCUGUUCCCCUUGUGCCAGGCAGUGUCGUGGUUGCCACCUCCAUUUUUGUCAGCUGUGUUCCGUCCUGAAGUGAGUUUGUUUAUUUUAAAGAUUCAAUUAUUCAACAUAUUUAUAAGCAAGGGCUGUGACAUGUGUACUUAAUCAACUUUAUAGUUUGCUUCUUAAUUCCACCCUAAAAAAAAACGUGAAAGCAAACAACUUGUUUAACCAUUUGACUUGAGCCAGCUGGCCUCAUUUUUCUUUAAGUGUUACAUACACAUAAGGAAGUUAUUAUUUUACUAACAAUAGCCUGCCAAACAAUGGCGGCCGCAAUACUUGACCAUCCCCUCCACUAAAGGUUCUUGAAAAAAAAUAUGCAUUCAAGGAAGGCAAUUCAUGAGAUUACCAAUAAGAGCUCCCACCGCCACUGAACAAAUCAAUAUUCUAAUGUCCCACCCCCUUUUACACUGAACAAAUCAAUACUCUAAUGUCCAACCCCAUUUUACACUGAACAAAUCAAUAUUCUAAUGUCCCACCCCCUUUUACACUGAACAAAUCAAUAUUCUAAUGUCCAACCCCCUUUUACACUGAACAAAUCAAUAUUCUAAUGUCCCACCCCCUUUUACACUGAACACUUUAUACACCAACUGAUUCAGUGAAACUAAAGAAAAUAUAGUGCACCAACCCCGCCUGCAUUAUUUUCAAGAAUCUCAACUAGCCCGGUUAUGGGUCAUUUAAUUUAGUGAAAAUGUCAGGUGUAAGUGACACUAGUUGAUUGUUAAACUGUUAAAUAGAAAAUUAUGUAGUUUUGAUGACUUUUGUGUUUAUAUUUAUAUUAUAUUAUUUAUAAUGUAAGGCAAAUGCACGUCUCAAAUGAUAUUGUAAAAAUAUAAUGCGGGCAUGAAUGUUUUAAUACAGGAAACUCGUCUGAUCUUAACAGCUACAUCAAAUUAUUUAAUUGUCUGAUGCUUUAAUUUUUUAUUUUUCCCCAGUUAUGAUCAGUCCACCGAAAGAGCUUUUUGUUUAAACUGUAGUGGAAGAUAAAGUGAGCUGGAAUGAAACUGUCGUCACAGAAGGCGCACAGUCCAGACAUUAUUUUCUGUUAUUUCAUAUCAUAAAAAGUUGUAUUUGUAUCCCUUGGUUUGUCAAAGCCAGACAGGGGACAGGUUUAUUAAUUUGAUUUGAUUUUAAUUGAACAUUUGAAGUGUUUUAAAAAAAAGGAAAUGCUGAAUAAUUAAAAUACUCUCAGUCAUUAAGUUCAUGUGAAUAAAUUGUUCAGAAUUUCUGUGCCAGUAUAAUUCUGUUAAAAGCAGGGCAUUUUAUAUAAUAAUUUUCAAUGGCAUACAGCUGUCAUGGUACAUUCUUCUUUGGUUUGGCACUGCUAAAAGAAAAAAUUAAGUGUCAGCCUUAGUACUGAGAAACAAAAAAAUCAUUUUACAAGUUUGUUUGAAUCUAUAGCAAAAAUUUAAAAUGGUAGUUGUAAUGUGAACAUACAUGGAUGGGACUCGUUAGCCUUGGAUGGCAACUCAUCUAAGAGAAGGAAACUCUGAAAUCAAAACCAGGAGAUGGAAUCCCGAAAGGCGGAUAACAUUGAUACAAUGGAACAUUCCGACAACUCCUGCGACGUCACUGGUGCCAAGCUGUAUCAUCCAAUGAUGUUCCCCUGGGUUAUCCAGCGGCGUGGAGAGAGGCGAUUAGCUGUUGGUAACCAGCUUAUAAUCCUUGAAGAAUAAUCCCAGGCCUUGUGGAUUUCGUCCUCCGAAGCCCACUCCAUCAUCACUUUGUGACGGACGGAUGCCAGCAAAAAAAAAAAAAAAAUACAUUACAUAAUUAGAUCUAAUAUAAUUGACAAAACGUGAAAUAGAUGCCACUUAUCCUGAUCAAGUUUUUCUAAGAAUUUAUUUUUUAAAGACCUUAUAAGAUAUCACUUGUAUUUAUUGUAAAAUUCUUUCAAACUUUGUGCCAUGUGAUCUCAAAAAAAAAAAAUUCUCUUGCUCAAGAGUUGCAUCCCUUGGAAUGGGAAUAAUAAUCAUAAUUUUGUUUUACCUGUGUUUGAAUAAACAAACAUUAAACUUCUCAAAUCAGUACAUCAUUUCCAUUAAUGUUUUCCAGGUUGUAAAUGGCAAUGGGAUUAAUUACCUUAUGUUAUGUUCUAUCUAUUAUAUAACCACAUAUAUUUGAUCUAUAUUGGUGUAGACACAAAGAUCCAUCUGGUGCUAUACUGUGUUCUUUGGUUGGUUACUUUUCAUAAAUUUAUGGCCGAACUGAAAGAAAUAAUUUCAAAAUGUAAGAUACUGUGAUAAUUCUUCUGAGGAUGAAGAUGAUGUUGACAUGUAUACAGUUAUUGUUAAAGUGUGGUUUUGUUAAUAUUUCUUUAUUUGUAAGGCUAUGGGUUUUUGUGUUUCUUAAUAUUGAUGGUAAGAAAAUUUUAGUUUUGAAAAACUAAGGCAGCAGAGUGUACAGAGCUUAUUCUUUGUAACUUAUUUGUAUGUGUUUCUACACAUAUGCCCGCAUCAGUGAUAUGCACUACUGGUAUGUAAGACAAGGCAUAAUGUCUGUUUGUUCCAUUAUGUUGAAUUUAGAAGUACUGGUAUUAGGGUAUGAUUAACAUAGCAACACCCUAUGGCACAGAAAUAAUCUGUUUAAGAGUACAGCACAAAAUUUAAGAGUACAGCACAAAAUUUAAAAUUGCUCAUUCAUGAUCUGAUUUGCAUCUUCGGUUGGUAUUUGGGGCCUUUUUUUAAACCAUUCUUUUCGUAACUGAAGAAACCCCAUCAUGGUAAAAAAUUUUGAAUUGCACAAUUAGAUUCCCCCAAAAAUAUGUAACGGAUCAGUUUGUGACUAUUUCUGUCUGUCACAAGGAUAAAAUAGUUCAUGUUGUUUUCCAAGUAACUAAGCUGCAACUUGUAUGCACCCAACUUCAUUCAUUUCCUUCCCCUCAGCAGUCAUUAGUCCUGCCAAGUUGUCAUCUGGUCCAUGUCUGAUGAAAAAAUGAAACAACCCCCUAAAAACAAAGUUUUUCAUAAAAUUCCUUUAGAUGCAUUUUUCAUUGUUUUAUUUUAUAUUAAUAUUCUAAUGUCCGACCCACUUUUUCACAGCAGAUUUAUUUCAACAACUUUUUCAGAAAAAUAAAAGAAAAUAUUACUCACUUGCAAUAUUCUUUUUUUAAGAAUCUCAUUUAUCGUAGUUAUCUGGAAUUUUAUUUAGUGAAAUCAGUGGCAUCAUAUUUCCUUCCUCUUGAAAAACAGGAAAAAUUGAUUUUUGGGGGGUAGGGCUGAAAAUUUGAUGAAUGUGUUGUCAUCUGCAUUGAGUCUCUGUGCCAAGUUUCAGCUCAAUAGGUUAAUGAUAAGUGGGUCAAGUAGCCUUCCGAAGAUUUUGCCACCCAGCCAUAAAGAAAUACACAUGACCAAUGAAGUUAAUAUGAAGGAUUUAUUUUUUAAACUUCUUCAGAAUGGCCGGUUAAAUGGAGGAUUCAUCUACUGCUAAAUUAAAUGUCCCAACUAAAUUGAUUCUCUUUGCUUUAGCAAUAAAAUGAAACUAUGCCCCCUAGAUGUCUCCAUGCUGUGCACAUCACUGAUGCUUUAACAUUGUUAUCAUUACUAUGAGCUUUUGAUAAUAUCUACAAUAUUUUUAGGAGUUUGAUAUUUGAUAUCAUUUAUAAACUCAUUGCAUUUAUUUGAUCAAAGGUUGGACUGUUAUAUUCUUCAUUGGCUUUAAAUAAUUAUCUACAGCAGUAGGUGAUGCAUUUAAAAAAAUAGAUAUGUGCAUUUAAGUAGGUUUUUAUAUUUUUUUCAGUAUCAAAUUCCUGGGCUUAAAAAAAAUAAAAGUCUGUAUUCCCUGCCUCAUAGUAUUCUAAUACUCCUGCCCCAGAAUCAGUAAAGAUCAUUUUCAAUGAAAAAGAUCCUCUGUGGAAAAAAAAUAUGUAUGUUCUCACUUGCAAUGAAAGUAACAAAAGUCGGCUACAGCGCCAGGUACAGCUGCUCCUAGUGAGCUGGCUUGACCAAAAGGACUUCACAUCUGUCCACUUUGUAUCAUAAAAUCUGAGACAGAAACCAUAUGAAAAUAAUAUUUUGUACCACUCAUGAGGAUAUUUUAGAGGUUUUACCAUCCCAUAAUAAUAUCUUUCUCUUUGUCCUGUUGCUGCUCAUAGGUAUGGUAAAAUUCAUGUUUAGGCUGGUAUUGUGGGUGCAACUUAUGUAUAAAAAAAAUCAUACCAUGCAUACGCUGAAAAUGUAGGCGCCACUUAGUACCAUGUAUCUAUCAUACAAUGUAUAUCCUGGUAAUGUAGGCGCCACUUAGUACCAUGUACCAUGUAUCUAUCAUACAAUGUAUAUGCUGGUAAUGUAGGCACCACUUAGUACCAUGUAUCUAUCAUACAAUGUAUAUGCUGGUAAUGUAGGCGCCACUUAGUACCAUGUAUCUAUCAUACAACUACAAUGUAUAUGCUGGUAAUGUAGGCGCCACUUAGUACCAUGUAUCUAUCAUACAAUGUAUAUGCUGGUAAUGUAGGCGCCACUUAGUACCAUGUAUCUAUCAUACAAUGUACAUGCUGGUAAUGUGACUUUGCACCAUACAUCAAACAAUGUAUAUUAAAGCUGCUAUUGUGGACAUCAGUAGUGACCAAUGAUCAUCUGAAUUAUAUUUUAAUUUUAUCUUUUUUAAGCCACAUAUUUUUAAGAUGUAAACAUUUCAAUGUUAAAGC